AUGGACAGCUUCAGUACUACUACAACGGCUACUUUAACGGUGUCUCCACUGGGUAACUCUUGCUUUCAUCUCCCAGAUGCAGAAUUUGAUAAAAUUGAACAACGAAGAACAAGCAAUCUAAUAACAGGUAUAAUUAAUGCGGUUUUAUCGCCUUUCGCCGUUACAGCAAACUUCUUAAUCGUGUUCGUCAUUUUGAGAAAGUACUCUUUACAAACGCCCUCCAAUCUGCUGCUUACUUGCCUGGCCAUUUCUGAUUUACUUGUUGGUCUGAUAUUUCAACCAAGCUUCGUUAUUUUCAGGAUUCUUGAGAACACAUAUGGUCUUGUUCCCUGUGUUGUGAGGAUGAUAUACCGGAUGGGAUUUUUCAUAUGCUAUGGAGUAUCAUUUAUGACAUUGUGCGCCAUAAGCUGCGAAAGGUUAUUAACGUUGCUGUAUUCUUUUCGUUUUCAAGAACUUGUUCGGCGCGAGCGCGUUUCAAAAACAGCAGUUUUCAUUUGGCUUGUCAACCUAUUAUUCACGUGUCUCCAGUGGGCUAAUAAUCAUAUCUUCGUAGGUAUUCAUCUGUGUUUGUAG